GUCAAAAGUCAAAACAAAAAAUCGUGACAAAAUUGGCAAAUAAUAAAAACAACGUGAUUUUUUUUUGGUUUUCUACAAUUUAUUGAAUAAAAAUGAAGCCCUCGGUGGAUAUAGACGCGUUGCGCACGGAGCACGAGUCCGACGAGCAGUGGGACGUGCGUCGCAGCUUCAUGAUGGAACAUAAAGAUGACUUUGAGGAAUCGGAGUUGAUAACUCUGGCUCAAAUCUUCACUAACAUUGAGUUUCUGGGGUGCAGAUAUCCAGCCCAAACCAUGAAGAGAAUAGCAAAACUGGCAGAGAAGGUGUCAGCAAAGUACAGAGAGAGUCGGAAGCAUAAACUGAAGAGGACCUUCAUUGGAGCCAGCGAUGCGGCAGAGCAGAAGGCUAAGCGGACAUUCAAAUAAAUUACAACAUUCAGACAUGGCUGUAGUCAGGAAUGGGGGGGGGGGGGGGGUUUUUUAGAUCUUAACUGAAUCUUUCAUGAGAAAAAAGUUUCACUCCCAACUUCACGGGUUGAAUACCUGUAACAUUUCAAUUUGACCAAACUUUUAUGAUUUAAAGGACCUCAAUUUAUUUUUCUCAUGUUUGUGAUUGGUUGGUGGAUCUAUUUCUUUUCUUCUUUUAUGAUAA